UGGGUAUCUGCAACGCCCCCACGACCUUUCAGCGGGCCAUGAACAUGACUUUUCAGAAUUUCGUGAGAAAGACUCAUUUGGCACAGAGCAUCAUCAACUACUGCGUGAUUGUGUACAUGGAUGAUAUCUCGGUGUACUCGAGUUCCUAUGAGGAACAUGUGCAGCACAUCGAAUGGGCACUGCACGCGUUACGAGAUGCGGGCUUCAAGGUGGCGCUUGAGAAGUGUCAAUUUUUUCUCACCACCAUUUCCUUCCUAGGGCACGUGGUGACAGACAAGGGACUCCAGCCGGAGCCACAGAAGGUGGAAGCUGUCAGGGAUGCGCCGUUGCCUACAACUAUCACGCAAGUUCGCACCUUUUUGGGCCUGGCCUCAUACUACCAAAGAUUUAUCAAGGGCUUCGCAGCAAUUGCGGGACCCCUCACGAAUCUGCUGCGCAAAGAUCAGCCAUUGAUCUGGACACCAGAAUGCGAUCAAGCGUUUUUCAAACUCGAGGCCGCUCUCAUUUUGACUCCGGUCCUUAUAAGACCGGAUCCUGAAAAGCCUUUUGUUCUCAUCACUAACUGGCAGCCAGAGGCAAUUUCGACGAUCCUUGCCCAGGUGGUACCAAGCGGACUCGAGAGUGUGGUGGAGUAUGCCUCCAAAUCGGUGCCAACUUGCAAGCGCAACUACACCACUCCAACGGGGGAAUGCUACGCGGCUCUCUGGGAAUCAGCCACUUUCACGCUUACCUUCCCUCUUAUCAAUCCUGGACAUUGGCGGUUGUGGCGCGAAACUUUUGAGGAGAUGUCUUUCUGCUUGGCCAUAGUACAGGCAACGUGGACACAGACUAGCGGGCAUCCUGCGUGGAUCGAAAAUCCGAAGCUGCUAAUCAUCCAAGCUUGGAGGACUAACGUGGAGGGCGAUCUUCUUGGCUUUCUCUUUGGAUCGGUACAGCCAGGGCGCCGCCAGUUGAUUGCUCAAGAGCUCAUCGCACCGAUCGUGCAAUUGGCGGACGAUCUCUUGCCCGACAUCUACUUACAGACUGACGACAGUCCUGCUCCGUACAUUUUCGAGCGAUCAUUGGAUCCGUACCUUCAGUGGACUGCGUGCUUGGAGGAACCCAAGGACGAGGAUACGCUACCAUCGCGGCAGGAGUAUCUCAAGCCGUACGAUAUCAUCCCUCACGCCUUCUAUCCCAGGGCAGAGGAAGUGGUGAUCGACGACGACGAAGAAGACGAGGAAACAUCGGAGGAGGGAAGCUAUAGUGAACAUAGCGAGGGCGAGCUAAGCGAAGGAGAAGAGAAGGAAGAAGAAACCGGAUCUAAGUGGGAAGCCUUGCCGGAGGAAGCGACGCGUAUGGGAACGGAGGUGGAAGAUCCGGAAGCGGCGCGAAAGCGCGAAGAAAUUGCCACCGGGAAGCGCCAGCUGGAGUUCGCAAGCGAAGCUAGCCUGCGCAUCGGUAACGAUCCGACUAGGGAUCCAGAGCCGCCGAAGCCCGAAGAUGGCGACCCUGCAGCCGCCACCUCAAGUACCGCGCGAUGGAGACGGAGCCGAUCCCCCUCCUCCUCCAACCCCACCCAUCCCCCAGUUCGCCCACGUACCGAUGCGGGCGAUAGGCCUUCGUCCUCGGACGCUGUCCCGCCGACCCCUUGAUUUCCUCACCCUCGAGCAGAUCCGUAACCCCGUCA